CCGCUACCCAAGUCAGCGGGCACCUCAUGACCACGCUUAUGCGGGUCAUGUGACCUAAGCCCUGGUUACAGAGAACGCGUCGCUAAGACGGGACUCGGGGAGGGGGGUGGUCUGAUGCGGAGAAGGACUUCAAUCAGAGAUAUAUAUCGUGCUCUAAAAUGGACAGGCAGAAGAGACUCGGAGAAACACUGGAGCUGCUCUCUGAGACCGAAUGCCUAGAUCGGUAGUAGUGUAGCGGCAAGAAUCCAGACUCGACCUGUAGAUUGCAGUUCACGAUCGCUAGCUGCCCGUGGGGAUAAAACAUGAUUAUCUGGCUAUUAUUAUUCUCUUCAACGAGGCCAUCAUUCUCCUGUGAGGUAACUGUUACCAUUCAGGACCAGUGACGGUUGCUGAGUAUGGAUCUGGGAUGCAUGGCCUAACUCUGCCACCUCAUCUCACUGGCUGCAUUGAGAGUUCCACAUGGGAAAGCUCCAGAGCAAGAUCCGCCGACGCUCAGACCUCUACAGAGCCACAAGAGGGGAGGUGCCGGAAAGGGGACCCGUCACUGAGGCUGCUCAGUAUGACCCAGCCCACAGUGACACCAUCAAUUGCAUCACCACUCUGGACUGUGACCUCAGCGUAUCCGGAGGAUGUGACCAAGCAGUUGUAGUGUAUGAUUGGAGAGCAGGCAGACUGUGCCAAGCCUUCCAUGGCCACAGCAGGGAAGUCACAAAGGUAAGGUGUGUUCCUGGCAGCAGCCGGAUCUUCAGCGCUUCCCGAGACAAGAGUGCGCUCAUGUGGGACUUGACUUGUGGAGAUGACCCUGUUCAGGAGUUCUGUGGGCAUGAACUGGUGGUCAACGGGCUGGCCGUCAGUCCAGAUGGAUCCCAGUUGUGUACAGGUUCCCGGGACAAUUCCAUGUGCUUGUGGGACAUCGAGUCGGGGGAGUGUCUGCAGAGGAAAACCAUCUCGCGUAAUCUGGUCACUCACGUCUGCUGGGUGCCAGGGACCCACUCCAUUGUCCAGACCUCAGAAGACAAAGCCAUCCGGGUUUGGGACAGUCGCAGCUGGCAGGUCGCCAACACCUUCCCCGCUAAGCAGUACAUUCAGACGCACUGCGACGUCAGCUCCAGCUCACACUACCUCCUGUCCAGCAGUAAUGGAUUCGGAGGUCACGGCUGCGAGGCCACGCUGUGGGACCUCAGGCAGCCGGGCUGUAAGGUGGUGGAGUACAGAGGUCACCUGCAGAGCACGGCCUGCUGCGUCUUCCUUCCUGCGACUCCCGGGGCGUCGCAUAUGGUGGCCACAUCCUCGCACGACUGCUCUGUCAAGAUCUGGGACCAGAAUACUGCAGCCUGCCUAUGCACCCUCACCCUGGAUGGCUCAGGGCCCCUGCUCUCCCUCGCCCCCUGUGAAGUGGGUAGCCUGCUCUGUGCCAGCUUCAACACUGGGAUACAUCUUCUGCACCUGAGCCUCAGUGCCGGGCCCGAGCUCAGGGAGGUAGCCCGCUUCUGACCCUGCCCCCCCCUCUAAUUUGUCACCACUGAGACCAGGGGCAAGGGUACGAUGCCAGCACUGUACUGCCAAUCGGCGCCAGCCUCAAGGUCAAGCCUCAGCCCCCUAUCCAGGGAGCAGGAAGCACUCAGGAUCCCAUACGUAAUAGACGUUGACACUGGGAGCGCCGGAAAUUUCUGUGUCUGUUGGCAGGCUAUUGAUAAUUUUGCGUGUGGGUGUGUAUGACAGAAAGUGCUUACAAGUUUUUUGGGAGUUGUUCUAUUCAGCCACAAAGCCAGUCAGAUUCCAGAGCAAUUGCUGAGAAACUUAGGUGAGAUUUAAAUUACUAAACCAGACACUGGAGAAUCGUCCUAAUAUGCUAAUAUGUAAUAAUAAUGCAGCACUUAAUGGCCAUCUCUUUCUCCUGAGCAGAGUCUCCACCAAUGGACAGAAGAAAGUAGCACAGCACUAGUCUAUUUGGUUAUUGUCUUGGCCAAAGAAAAACCUUUUUAAAGCACCAAGAUCUUUGUUAUUUAUAUAGCACAAGAAUCCUGGGGUUUAGUCGCACGCUGUUUGCUCUGUUGGAGCAGCUCAGAUGUUUCACGAUGGUCCAACAGCAGGGCUUGAUCUGCCCUCAUCGCUGCACCGAUCUGCCACCCUUAAUCUCGCAGCUCAUCUGAUACAGCUCAUCUGAGUUCACGCUCCAAAACGAGUCAGGCCAUGAGCAGCACUGCUAGUCAAGGCCAAUUUCACACUCCUGUUCAGUUUUUGUGAUGAAUUACCACAGUUAUACUACCGUAAUGAAGCAUAAUUGUUUUGUUUUUUUUUCGUCUGUCAGGUGAUCUGUUUGUAGCAAUGUCUGUGACGGUACGAAUUUCGUGGUGUAAAUUUAUGUUUUGGUGCAUAUUGUGUAAAGUGUCAGAAUAUUUUUGUAGCUUUCCUGCUAACAUGGGAUGUCCUAGUGACAUGAAUUGGUUAAAUAAAUGUAUUUUUACCAGUGGGAA